CGCUACAAGAUGAGGUGCGAGAAGCAGCUUUGGGUAGCCCUUUUUUUUACAAUGCUUGGGAGAGCGGCAUUGGUGGCACUUGAUACCAGGAGGGCAUAUGGGGUCGCACUAAACAAGAUAGGCUUCCACCAAGAUGCUGGUGAAUUCUCCUCACUAUAUGAAGACAGGACAAAGCCAAGGGUAAGGAGGAGGCUGGCUCAAUCGGGCAGACAGCGCACUGACGAGAGGGAAUGCCGUCUGAAGACUCUGCUGCUCCGAGUUGGCGACUUAGGGCUGGGGUAUGACUCUGAGGAGACCGUCCUUUUCAAGUACUGUGGUGGCGGAUGUCCCCGAUCACGUACUAACCACGACCUGACACUAUCACGUCUACUGCAGAAAAGUGAUCAACCGUCCUUGUUGGAGGACAAAAUCUUUGGGGGACCAUGCUGUCGUCCUACGCACUAUGAAGAUGUAGCAUUUCUGGAUGAUAGACAUCGGUGGCACACAGUAGAGCAGCUCUCGGCAGCAUCCUGUGGUUGUGUAGGCUGAUCUACAGUAAGGGACAGUUAAAUAACUGUCUCGGGGCAGCAACAAAGGGACAGUUCUUACAAAUGCAACUUACCUAAUGCCUACUGGUGUUAACACAUCACCCAGUCUAUACUGGGAACGCAAAGAGAGUGAAACAUGAGAAAAUCAAAGGCAUCCUUACAAGAAGACAACCCAAAUACAUGGUGCCACUGAGAUAAGCCAACAUGGGUAUUCUAAAGACUUUGUAUAGCACAAUCUGGGUGAAACUCAAUGUAAAUUCAUUUCAAUGAUUUUGUUAAUGGAAUAAUGGUCUCCAACAUUCUAGUUAUGGAAGAGUUCAAGAUUCGUGGCAAGUGAUGUGUUAGUGUUAAAUAACCAGUUCACAGACGUAAGAUGCAAACGAAUACUGUGUGAUUCAGUGAAGAACUUCAAUACAGAACGCCCAAGUAGAAUUACAUCUAGCAAAGGCAAUCUGCACCUUCACAGUAACACUAUGGGGUCUAUUCGCUAAACGCCAAAUUAUAUAAAACUGAAAUCUGAGUGGCA